GCCUGCCUCCCAGACUUAAAGGUCCAGUGACGUAACAGCUGUGGUACCCUGUACUUCCUCGUUUGUUUUAUGAGGAGAGCCGAAGCUUGACGCCCCAAAACAGGAUGCAUAUAUCCAGGGUUGGACUUUAUAUGAAGAGGAGAAAGCGGGGCUGCUAAGUAUUUUGUGAUCUUCCUCCAUCUGGCCGUCCCUCGCGCCGCCUCUUUUAGCUUGGUGCUCAUCCCCUCUUUCUUCGUCGACAUGCUCUGUUGGGGAAAUGCAAAGGACGGACAGCUGGGUAUCGGUAUUGACAGGAGCCCCAUGUUUGAGCCGAGAAACUGUCACGUGUUCAGUGGCAAGGGACUGAAAGAAGUAGCUUGUGGAGGGCAACACUCAAUGUUCCUGCUGCACGAUGGCAGUGUGUACACAUGUGGUUCUAACAGCUGUGGACAGCUGGGCCACAGCAAACCAGGGACUUCCCCAGAGCUUGUGGGAGCUCUGGAUACACAGAUUAUAACAAUGGUGUCGAGUGGUCAGUCCCAUUCAAUGGCCGUGAACGAGGAGGGUCAAGUGUUUGCAUGGGGAGCUGGAGAAGAGGGCCAGCUCGGCCUCGGGACUGCGGAGGCGACCGUUCGAAUCCCGCGGUUGGUCAAAAGGCUGUGUGAGCAGCGGAUCGCUCAAGUAAUGUGUGGGAACCAGCACUGCAUUGCACUUUCUAGAGAUGGCCAGCUGUUCACGUGGGGCCAGAACACCAGCGGCCAGCUCGGCCUGGGCAAAGGAGAGCCCAGCAAGCUGUUCCCUCACCCACUGAAGUCUCUGUCGGGUAUUCCUCUGGCACAGAUAACCGCCGGGGGAGACCACAGCUUUGCUCUCUCCUUGUCGGGGGCUGUGUUCGGUUGGGGCAAGAACAGAGCUGGACAGCUUGGUCUCAACGAUGAACAAGAUCGAGCGGUCCCGUGUCAUAUCAAAUUUUUGAGAUCUCAAAAAGUUUGUUAUAUCAGCUGUGGAAAUGAACAUACAGCAGCCCUCACAAAGGACGGAGGCUUGUUUACAUUUGGCGAGGGCUCGUGGGGUCAGCUGGGUCACGGCUCCACCAAUAAUGAACUUCUACCCAGGCGAGUGCUGGAGCUCAUGGGCUCCGAGGUGUCCCAGAUCACCUGUGGCAGGCGCCACACGUUGGCCUUCGUGCCGUCUUCUGAAGUGGUGUAUGCAUUUGGUUGCAACAGCCAUGGGCAGCUGGGCACGGGACUACUGGGAGAUGCCAGGAGCCCGUGUCCAGUGAAGGCCAGUUUCCUGACUGGAAGUUCUCACAGAACAGGAUCAAAACAAUGUACAGUGACCAAAAUAAUCUGUGGUGGAGACCAUAGCUUCUUAUUGUACUCCAAUGACCAGAGUUCCGUCCCCGCAGAAGACUUCAGAGUCAUUGGUGUCAGUAAAUCAGUCUCCCCCAUCAAUUGUGAAAGAAUAAAUUCAUGGAGGUUAAAGCUGAUGUACAACACAGAUUCCACUGUCACAAAUGACAUUAUAAUUCAACUCUCCUCUACGGCUUGUUGGAACGCCAGCUUUUUGGACCAAAGUGACGACACACACUUCAAAACCAACCCCAAGAUCUCGGGCAUCGAUCUCAACUCGGUCAGAAAGCUGUUCGACACGCUCAGCAAACCGGCGUUCUCUGGACUUCUGGAGCAGGCCACCAAGAGUUUUGAGAGUCUGUUGAUCCCUCAGCUGCCGCGCUCCCCUCCCGACGUGGAAGCCAUGAGGAUCUACCUCAUCUUGUCCGAGUACCCGGGCCUGUUUGACUCCAAGAACUACAUCCGCCUCACUAUCCCCCUGGCGAUGGCCAUCCUCCGGCUUGACGCCAACCCCAGCAAAGUAUUGGACAACUGGUGGUGCUUCGUUGACGACCGCCUGUUCACCAGGAUGGUCGACAUGUACAAGAGCAUCGUGGUGUUUAUGCUAACGGGAGGCAGGACGCUGCUCGUACCGGUUUUCUACGAGAACUAUUUCGUCGCCACUCUAAGGCUGCUGGAGAAACUCCACAAGGUAAACUUAAAGGCCCGCCACGUGGAGUACAACCGCUUUUAUAUCCCCGACAUCACCAGCCUGGUGGACAUCCAGGAAGACUACCUCAAAUGGUUUCUGAAUAAAGCUGACAUUAAAAUAUCAUCCUCCCCUUCAGAGGGGGACUUUCCCUCAGUGAACCUAUGUGCCUACCCGUUCAUACUGAACGCACGAGCCAAGACGACCAUGUUGCAAACGGACGCUGAACUGCAGAUGCAGAUAGCAGUGAGCGGCGCGAACCUCCACAACGUCUUCAUGCUGCUCACGCUGGAGCCCCAAUUCGCCAGGAACCCUUACUUGGUUUUGCAUGUGCGCAGGGACCAUUUAGUAAGCGACACGCUGCGAGAGCUCACCAUGUACUCUGACGUGGACCUCAAGAAACCACUCAAGGUGAUCUUUGACGGAGAGGAGGCCGUUGAUGCAGGUGGAGUGACAAAGGAGUUCUUCCUGCUGCUGUUGAAGGAGCUGAUGGAUCCUGUGUACGGGAUGUUCACUCAUUACAAAGAGUCCAACCUGCUGUGGUUCUCAGACAAAUGUUUUGUCGAGCAGAACUGGUUUCACCUGAUCGGGAUCAUCUGCGGUCUGGCCAUCUACAACUCCACUGUGGUGGACCUCCACUUCCCCCUGGUCCUCUACAAGAAGCUGCUCAACGUGUCGCCGACCCUGGAUGACUUCAAGGAGCUGUCCCCCACCGAGGCCAGGAGUCUACAGCAUCUUCUAGACUAUGACGGAGGUGAUGUGGAGGAGACGUUUCUGCUCAACUUUGCUAUCACCAGGGAGAACUACGGGAUGACAGAAGUCAAGGAACUCAUUCCUGGAGGAGAAGGCGUCAGUGUGGACAAAAACAACAGGAAGGAGUUUGUGGAGGCCUACCUGCGCUACGUGUUCUCAGCCUCUGUAAGCGAGCAGUACUCGGCCUUCUCCUCCGGCUUCCUGAAGGUGUGCGGCGGGGAGAUCCUGCCGCUGUUCCAGCCGUCUGAGCUGAUGGCCAUGGUGGUGGGCAACAACAACUACAAUUGGGAGGAGAUGGAGAAGAAUGCUGUCUACAAAGGGGAAUACACAGCCACCCACCCAACCGUCAGAUUGUUCUGGGAAGUUUUCCACGAGUUCCCUCUGGAGAAGAAGAAACAGUUCUUGUUGUUCCUGACCGGCAGCGACCGCAUCCCCAUCCACGGCAUGGAGAGCCUGCGUAUCGCCAUCCAGUCCACCACGGCGGAGGAGCACUACCUGCCGGUGGCCCACACCUGCUACAACCUGCUGGACUUGCCCCGCUACCAGACCAAAGAGACCCUGCGCCGCCGCCUCACUCGGGCCGUGGAGCAGUACGAGGGCUUCAGCCUGGUCUGAGCAGGAGGAGGCGAGCAACCGCUUUAAUGCACUUUAACAGCAAUAAGGGGGGGGCGGGGGGGAGGGGGGGGACUUCAGGAGACGGGAAGGUCAGUCUCUUUUACAUGCCCUCACUAGAUUGUUGAACAUAGUAAAUCUCGAAGGUCUAUCUGUGCACAUGCAGAGUGUUAUUGUUUUUAUUGCUUUGGGCGGUUUCUCAACCUUUUGCACACCAUUCGGAAGCUAUUUUUAAAUAUGGAGUCCAAUAAGUCUCAAUAUGGAAAAAAUGCUCCCAUAUUUUGUGUUUUUUUAUAUAAGAAUUUCCAUCAAUAUAAGAAAGUGUUCAGUAGUUGAUAGUCACUGGUUUGCUACUUUUGUUAGAGAAAACUUUACCACCCUUUAUUAGCUCCGGGUGACAUUUGUGAUUUUGCAAUGAGUGCUGCAGUGACGCAGACUAACUGUUGCUGUCGGUAUGCCAGACUCAUUCAGUUGGACACACAAAUAUCGCCCGCCAAACAAAGUGUUGAAUCGCUUCCCCUGUAUUUAUUAACUAGUCUGUGUGCAUUCACCAUCAAUGAGUCUCAUCCAACUCCAUAUUAAGUUGCAUUAAGUUAAUAUUAAUCCCAUCAAAUCCUACAACUUUUGGGAUCAAACGGGCGAGGGCUACAGGAGGUUGAGAAGCUCCGUCUUUGGGUGUUUUUGUCUUUUUUUUUUUUUUUUUCUCCUCCCCCAAAAGUUGUGUAUUUUAUAUUUAACUCCUUAAAUUCUAUUUUCUACCUUUUUAAAGAACUAUGUUAUUACUUUGAGACAAUGAACUUGCUUUUUGUUACUUUUACUUCAACAAAUAGAAUGGCUAUUUUUUUUGACAAAUUAUAAUUUAAGUAAAUAUGUAUGUAAAUCGUACUUUGAAUAUAAUCGUUACCUAUAAUCUUGUUAAUGGGAGAGUAUUCGGCGAGCAGAAGGGUGGCGGAUGACAUGUUGUGUGAAUAUUAUUUGCAAUCCCUUUGGUUUGAGCUGUGGAUCACGGAGCAGCCGACUUGAUCUUAACCUGCAUUCAACAGCGUUGCCUUCUACAACAAAACCUACAUGAAAAGCUGACUUUCAAAGUUAUUUUUUUAGUGGUUGUUGUCUUGUGUGCAUGCUCUUGAAUGAAAGCAAAAACUGGAAUGUCAUUUUAAGAAAUGUGAUAUUUUGGGGAAAUACACUUAUUAGCUUUCUUGCAGAGAGUUAGAUGAGAAUAUCGAACCCAUUUUACAGCACUCGGGCAGGUUGGCUUAGCUCAAAGGCUAAUUGUAACCGCUCUUUUUACAGGACUAAGCUAACGGGGCUUAGCUAACACGGCUAAGCUAACAUUUACUCUGAACCCAAAAGCGAAUAAACGUCCGAAAAUUUCACUUGAUGGUACAUUCAGAAUCACUAAAAUGUAUAAAUCGUGAUUAGUUUGUUGCAGAUAAUUCAAUUGUGAUAUUUUUGCAGGACGACAAUAUAUGCAAGUGUGGGCAAAUAACCUAAAUAAAGAUUUGAGUCAGUUGUUUGUAUCACAUGGCUUUGCCCUCAUGCCGCGUUUAUCCUUACAAUCAAACAUGUUAUUCCAAACGGCUGUUUAAUCAGGUUGCAUUGGUGGGAAGUUUGUGAAAUAGUUUAUAUUCAAUACUACGGUGUCAGUGAUUCCAGACAAUAAAUUACUUUUUCUGUCCCAACUAUCCGGUCACACUGAUCUUUUCUGCAGUAAAGAGAAACAGCCCAGAAAAGCUCUUAUGCUGCUGAAGAUCUGAAACACUUUGCGCUGUGCUGCAUGUACACACAUGUUAAGAUAGUAUUUGUUUAUAGCUCAUUUAUCCUGCAGGGUUUUGCAGGCCUUUUUACUUUUCUUGCUCCUUUAAUGUGCUACAGAAAACAUUAAUC